AGGACAGAGCCCCCAUCAUGCCCCCAUCAUGCCCCUAUCAAGCCCCCAUCAAGCCUCUGUCAUGCCCCCGAUCUGUGCUGCCAACCCUUCGAAGCCCGACGGUGCCCUGCUUGACACAAAGAAGCCCAUCCAUGUCCUGUGACGCCAUAAGGCUCCAAACCACCAACCUGACUGACUGAAGCACCUGAGCCAUUCUCCGAGUCUCAAGUCUCGAAUCUCCUUCGCAGCUGAGCAGAAAACAGGUCUGCUGAUUCGAUCCGAAACACUCUCAUUUUAAUUCUCUUUAUCUGCUCAUCCGCUUUCUCUUCUUCUCUUCUUCAUCUGCUCGUCAUCACAUCGAUAUCAACUCCAUGAUUCAAUAACAAUGUCAUACAACGACGACUACGCUCCACGUCCUCGUCGAGACCGACCUCGGUUCGAUCAAGACGCUGGACCACGAUACCCCGACGACGACAAUGACUAUGCCGACACGCGAAAAUCAAGCGCCCACCGCCCUCGCCAUGAAGCCGCACCUCCCUCUUAUGGCUCUGAGGAACCUCGUCGACGAAAGGACGUUGACCCUCGAGACGUUGAGCCAAGAGACGCAGACAAGAAAAAGUACCGGGACUAUCCCAGUGAAAGAGACGGUGACAUGAAACCAACGAAAUCAAACACCGCCGCUCCAAGGCGACGAAGUCCAAAUGAAGAUGACGAUCAAGACUCAGGGUCCCGCCGCUAUCAUGGUGGUGAUGCAGGCGCCUAUGGUCGGUCUCGAGGCUACCGUGAACCUAUCCCGCACGGAGAUCCCGACGCAAUGGAUCGAGACGUGCAUAAGGGCAAAUCUACCAGGCCAAGAAGAGAUGACCACGAUGACUUCGAGCCAGCUCCACCACGUCGUGCGCAAACCCAUCGAGAACCAGAUCGUCGCCGCCGAGAUGAUCCCUACGACGAACCUCCACGGCGCCGCUACCGAAGUCCAGAAGAUAGACACUCAGAUCCCGAUCGAGCAUCUGCAAGACGCAGAAGAGAUGAUGAGCGAUACGACGACCGCAGAUACCGUGGUGCAAGCGGAGGCCAUUCGCGCCGCGAUGAAGGCUAUGCCUCCGACAAAGGCUACAGACGCGCCAAUCGUGACAGCGGAAGGGACAGGUCCUACCACGAUCGCGAGCGUGACAGAGACAGAGACCGUGACCGAGACCGACGAUAUCAUGAUUCCCGCGACCGAAGCCGAGACCGUGACGGUCGAAGCAAGAAGAAAGGCUUUUCCAUCGACGACAUUGGCGGUCUAGUCGAACAAGGCCAGAAACACUACAAGACUGUCGCACCGCUCGUGACCAGUCUUGCAAAGAUGUACCUUGACAACAAGAAAUAAAGGCCUUUGACAAUAUGAGAUGUCACCGAAUCCGUGAUAUCAGACCCGAGAAGUCUCAAUGUCGAUUGACCUCGGCCUGGGUGCCAAUGGACUAUCCCAUGCUGAUCCGAGCAGGCUGCGGUCUCCUCAAUGCUCGAUCAUACUUGUAUUAUUACGACUCUAACAUUUCAGCGCUAUGUGAGGGAACGACUUGGACUUGAUUAAUGCCAAUGGCGGAAUUCAAAUGGCGUGGACACCUUUCUGGGAGUGCUGGAUUAUCGAUUUAACGCUGGAACGAUACAAAAUGAUUGCCAUGUCAACGCUCAAUCUCUAAAUUAGCAAGUGCUCAAUUCCAAUAAAUUGGCUGCUCGCCAUAUUCGACUA